GCUCCCUGGCAGCGCUUCAUUGGUAGCUGUGAAACAAAACGCAGCCUCUGUAUGUGAGUGAGGGAAAGAGAGAGAAAGAAAGAAAAGAGGGUGGAUGAGCAAGACAGAGAGGGAGAGUAAAAGGGGAUCAGACACACUAAACGGUGGGUGAGACAGAUCCAGGAAGAGCUGGACAGAGACAGAUCAAGGCAGACAGGAGAAUGUCUCACCGGCUUCGGUUAUAUUUUGGAUCUGGACGCAGUAACACUGCACCAGAGUUGGAGCAGCUGAAUGGGACUGUGGAAGACAGAGAUGAGAGAGGCUAUAGUGGCACAGGGGCCAUGAUGUUCCAUGUGCAGCCACGAAACGGAGGACUUGUCGAAAGCCCGGAGUCGGGUUCAGUUGCUUUUUCGGACGCCUCUCUAAAGCGAAGCUCUUCCAUGUUCAUCCCACAGCUCCAGAGUCAAACUGAACCACGGACGACCAAGAGCACGUCUGUCCAGAUAUCUCUACAACGCUCAACUGCAUCUCAAGAAGAUGCAUUGCCCUGUGAUCCACCUCCAGGGUACCCUCAGGAUCCAGCUCCAGCCUACACUGAGCCUGAUGAAAGUUGGUUCUUACCUCCACCUCCAGCUUACGAUGGAGUAGAAUCCACAUCCUGCCAAAAUGUGGAACAAAGUCAACCAGGUACUGAGCCGAUCCAACCUAAGAGGCAAGUCUUUUGUGUCCGGCCAUGUGAUGGACAAAAUGGUUAUGCUAGUUUGAGUGUACCCAAUGGAAGUCCUCAAGGGAUUACCAUUGGAGGUUUCAGUAUUCGUAGAAGAUCUGCAGAUGGAUCUGAUGCCCAGGAGUUUAGGAUCAUGCCAUACAGCGAGGAUGGACAGAAUGGCCGUUGGUCUGUCCUGCAAAGCUCAGACAGAGGUCCUGGCAUGCAAAGACUGGUCUUCCAGCUUCAACAGGACCAAGGACGGCACCCAAGCCCUACUUCUCAAGCUGACAUGAGUGAUUUAGGCAUUACAGGUUCUAAAGGCAGCCGCUUGGUGCGGUAUCCUCGGAUCCGUCUUGAGAGGAGCGCUUCACAGCCGUUGCAAUUCAGAGGAGCUCCUUCACGCCUCGGAUCCAUGCCAAACCUUCAUGCCCCGAUCUCAGAAAUGGAGACUGAGAGUGAGAUUGUUGAGAACAGAGCUCAAGGCUGCACAUUCAAAAUUAGUAAGGAACAGAACUCGCGACAGCCCAAGUUUAAGAUCUAUUUCAGCCAGGGAGGCGAGCACAGCCCCAUCCAUGCACAGGAUAUUAGCUUUGGAAAGGCGCCUACCUGCAGCAAUCCACAGACCAGAGAUGACUUCCUUGGGCAGGUGGAUGUGCCUCUUACCCAUUUACCGACGGAGGACCCUGCAAUGGAGCGGCCGUACACAUUUAAAGACUUUCUCCUGCGUCCAAGAAGUCACAAGUCUAGGGUGAAAGGCUACCUGAGACUGAAAAUGGCCUACAUGCCAAAGAACGGCGGGCAUGAAGAGGAAAGCAGCGAGAUGAGGGAAGAAGCUGAGGGCUGGGAGGUGACAGACUCCGCAGACCCAGGUUCACAGAGACCUCAGCAGCUCCUGCCUCCACUGCCUCCGGGCUGGGAAGAGAAGGUGGAUAACCUGGGCCGGACCUACUACGUCAACCAUAACAACCGCACCACGCAGUGGAAGAGGCCCAGUAGUGUGGAUGUGGUUUCAGAAACGGAAAAUGAUAAUCAAUUGCGGCAGAUUAACCAGGAAGCCCACAGAGUUUUCCGCUCUCGACGGCACAUUAGCGAAGACCUGGAAAAUGAGCAGCUGGACAUCAGGGACAUAGACGACUCAUGGGAACCCAUAUCUGAGGAAGACCCAACUUUAUUGAAUGACGGUUUGAACCAUUCUCUGUCCGGACCCUCCUCUCUGGCGAUGCCCCUCUCCAGCACUCCAGAAAUCUCAGAUGAGAUCAGCCUUAGAUUGUCUCUCGCUCCAGACACAAACGGAGAAAUCCCAGGACCCAGCUCUGCUGUGCAGAGUCAUCUUUCCUCUCGGCUACGCUCCUCUAGUAUGACUGAUGGAGUCAGUGAUCAAACUCAACCUCCCACACCAACGCAGAGCUCCCAGACCCGACGAACAAGAGCACAAACGGUCACAGGCGUUGAGGACACCAUGUCUCCAUCGGCCUCCUAUGCCCUGACCACACCAGGUCUUCCGCCAGGCUGGGAGGAACGCAAGGACCCCAAGGGACGAAUGUACUACGUCAACCAUAACAACCGUAGCACCACGUGGACACGGCCCAUUCUGCAGCACACUGAAGAUGGAGCCAGUACCUCAGCUGCGGCAGCAGGGGGCGCUACAGCAGCCACACCCCCCGCUUCCACCCCUUCCUCCUCCAGCAACCAUCUAAUCGAACCACAAGUGCGCAGACCCCGUAGCCUCAGUUCCCCCACCGUCACUCUCUCUUCCCCAAUAGAGGGAGCCAAUAAUGCCCAAAUACGGCGAGCCGUAAAGGACACGUUUUCCAACCCACAGUCCCCCCAGCCUUCUCCCUACAGCUCACCUAAAUCCCAGCAUAAAGCAAACCAGAGCUUCCUGCCCCCUGGAUGGGAAAUGAGAAUAGCGCCCAACGGACGGCCCUUCUUCAUUGACCACAACAGCAGACACACUACAUGGGAAGAUCCACGCUUAAAGUAUCCCGUUCACAUGAGGACAAAAGCAUCCUUAGACCCUGGUGACCUCGGCCCACUUCCUAAUCUUCCAGAGGAGCCUGGGUGGGAGGAACGAGUGCACGCAGACGGAAGAACCUUUUACAUUGACCACAACACCAAAAAAACACAGUGGGAAGACCCUCGCCUCCAGAGUCCUGCCAUAACUGGACCUGCGGUGCCGUAUUCUAGAGAGUUCAAGCAGAAGUAUGACUACUUCAGAAAGAAGCUAAAGAAACCGGCAGAUAUUCCGAACCGUUUUGAGAUGAAGCUGCACAGGAAUAACAUCUUCGAGGAGUCAUACAGACGGAUCAUGUCCCUGAAGCGACCCGACAGCCUGAAGGCCCGUCUGUGGAUCGAGUUUGAAUCGGAGAAAGGCCUGGACUAUGGGGGCGUGGCCAGAGAAUGGUUCUUCCUGCUCUCCAAGGAGAUGUUUAACCCUUAUUAUGGGCUGUUUGAGUACUCAGCCACAGAUAACUACACCCUUCAGAUCAAUCCAAACUCCGGCCUGUGCAAUGAGGAUCACCUCUCAUACUUCAAGUUCAUUGGUCGGGUGGCUGGAAUGGCUGUGUAUCACGGCAAGCUGUUGGAUGGUUUUUUUAUUCGACCGUUCUAUAAAAUGAUGCUGGGCAAACAGAUCACCCUGAAUGAUAUGGAGUCAGUGGACAGUGAAUACUACAACUCCCUAAAGUGGAUUCUGGAAAACGACCCCACAGAAUUGGAUUUGCGGUUCUGCAUUGAUGAGGACAACUUUGGACAGACAUAUCAGGUGGAUUUGAAGCCAAGCGGAUCAGACAUGGUUGUAACCAAUGACAACAAAAAAGAAUACAUAGACCUGGUGAUUCAGUGGCGGUUUGUGAACAGGGUGCAGAAACAGAUGAACGCCUUUUUGGAAGGAUUUACCGAGCUCAUUCCCAUCGACUUGAUAAAGAUUUUUGACGAAAAUGAACUGGAGCUGCUGAUGUGUGGUCUGGGAGACGUGGAUGUCAAUGAUUGGAGGCAGCACACUGUUUAUAAGAAUGGCUACUGUCCUAAUCACCCUGUGAUCCAGUGGUUCUGGAAGGCUGUUUUGUUAAUGGAUGCCGAAAAGAGGAUCAGACUUUUGCAGUUUGUCACCGGAACAUCCAGAGUGCCAAUGAACGGCUUUGCUGAACUCUACGGUUCCAAUGGGCCGCAGUUGUUUACUAUCGAGCAGUGGGGGACACCUGAAAAGCUCCCUCGUGCUCACACCUGCUUUAAUCGCCUGGACCUCCCGACGUACGAGUCGUUUGAAGACCUGCGAGAGAAGCUUCUGAUGGCGGUGGAGAACGCCCAAGGCUUUGAAGGCGUCGACUAAAGAAUACACACC